AUGCUGGCGUCGAGUGGCACCGCGGGCUACCACCCCUCCUACGCCCUGCGCACUGCGGCGGAGUUCGAGGAGCCGCGGGUGCGGGUGCAGGGGUACACGGAGCCGAGGCUCACCCGCGUGCAGCACUCCGCCGUCGUUUUGGGGGUGUCUGCCGCCACCGCCUUGUUGAAGCGUCCGCUCGUCAAAAUGGACGCCUUCUAUUUUUUAAGCGACGUGCCAGGGGAGUCGAACCGUAUCUACGCCUCGGACAAGCGGGCGCAGUUCUUCCGCACAAUAUUCAGUGUCCGCUGGUUCUCCGGGCAGCCGCUGCUGUGGAGCAUGUUGGAGUACGUCUUCCUCCUCGCCAGCUUCACGUGGCUGCGCGAGAGGCUGCCGUGGGGCGGUAACACCCUGCGAGGGUUUGCCGCCGGCGGCCUCGCCGGCGUGAUGUACGCGGCGGUGCGGCACCCGUACGACGUGCUGCGCACCACAUCCGAGGCCGUUGGGGGACCCAAGAAAUUCAAGGGCGUGGGGGAUGUCGUGAAGACGGCCCUGCGAGAGAAGCCCUCCGUGCUGCUUGGCGUCUACCGUGGCGUGACGGCCGUGGCCUGCGGUCGGCUGGUGCAGUUUGGCGCCCAGUUUGGGGUGUACAACGCGACACGCUACGACGGCGUGUAUCACCACACCUGCAUGCUGUUUCUCUACUGCCACCUGGGUGCCGUGCUGGGACUUUUUCUGCAGUAUCCCUUUCUAUCCGUUAAGCAGCAGCUGCACCUGCGCAACCAAUUCACGCGGGGCAGGCCGCACACGUAUCGGUCAUACAUUCGGGAGGUGCGGGCCCGGCACGGCAUCACCAAGGUCUUUGAUGGCUUUUUCACCAGUCGACCCAUGCUCAACGCAGUUCCAGCGGCCCUGUUGAUGACGCUCUACGACGUGUGCACGCGCAGUUACACGGAGUUUAUACACCCCGAGCUGCGGAAGCUGCACGCGGAGGUGGAUCAGCCGAUUUUCAGCGCCAGCGGCGCCAGCUACGCGAGCUCGCUCCCAGCGUACGAGUUUGCAGGAAAGUGA